UAUUUUAUUUUCUUCGACUUGACUUACCACUUUACCAGUCGAGUCGACCAUCAUUGCGUAUUGAUUGUAGCUUCUUCCAUUCAUACAUAUGUUUUCUCUAUUCUUUCGUUCCUUCAAAUACUCUGCUGUGCUGCCCUCUUUGAUAUGUAUAGCCGCGGGCGGGGCGAAAAGAAUUGAAGCAAUAAUUAAGGAUCUUCAUCGGAUAAUCUGAACCUGAAUGAAUUUCGGCAAAUCCGUGAAAGAGGUUUGGGAUGAAAAGAACAAUUUGAGAGCAUGAAGGAGAUAGUCCUUUCUGCUCCCAUGUCAUAUGUUGCUUUAAAAGUACUUGUGAUGAUAACACUGUUUAUACCAGUAUCCAAUGGUGCAUCAAGAUCUGAUACCAUCAAAAGAAUUUGUGGAAAUCAACUUAUGAAUAACACCACAGCUUACAUCCAAACUUUCGUCGCAGCAACAGACAACGUAAACCAGCAAAUCGGAACUCAAGGAUGGGGCAUUUCUUCAGCCGGCACAGGGCCUGAUUCUAACUAUGAACUAGCGCAAUGCUAUGGCGAUCUUUCUUCACUCGACUGUGUGGAGUGUUUCACCGAAGCCCGAACUUUAAUAGGCCAGUGUUUCCCUUAUAAUGGCGGCAGAAUUUAUCUCGACGGUUGCUUCAUGCGUGGCGAGAAUUACAGCUUCUUUCAAGAGGUUUUAGGAGCAGAGGACAUGGAUGUCUGUGGCAACGACACGAGAAAGGAUUUGUUGUUCCAAGAGACCGCAAAAAGGGCUGUGUUGCAGGCGGUUUCAAACGCCCCCAAUAGUAAUGGCUAUGCACGUGUUGAAAUGCCGGUUUCUGAGGCGCAAAACGAGUCUUCUGCUUAUGUUUUAGCCAAUUGUUGGAAGACUCUAAAUGCUAGUGCUUGCAAAACGUGUUUGGAAAAUGCGUCUAAUUCCAUGUUGAAAUGCUUGCCUUGGUCUGAGGGUCGUGCACUGUACACCGGAUGCUUCAUGAGGUACUCUGACCAUGACUUUCUUAAUCCUAUUCCUACUAAAGAAGAUUCAUCAGGAAGAGGAAAUGUAGUAGUCAUUGUAGUGACAACUGUUAGUUCUGUAGUCGUUUUGGUUUUGGCAUUAGUCAUUGGUUUUUAUAUCUGGAAACGAAGAAGAAUAGCGAUUAAAAGAAGAGGUUCAAAUGAUGCUGAGAAUCUAGUGAAUACCCUUCAUGACAUUAGUUUGAGCUUCAAAUAUUCCACACUCGAGAAAGCCACCGAAUCGUUUAAUGAAGCCAACAAACUCGGGCAAGGGGGAUUUGGUAGUGUUUACAAGGGGGUUUUGGCAGAUGGAAGAGAGAUUGCGGUCAAAAGGCUAAUUUUAAACUACAAACAUCGAGCAUCGGAUUUCUACAAUGAAGUUAAUAUCAUUAGUAGUGUAGAGCACAAGAAUCUGAUAAGGCUAUUGGGUUGUAGUUGUUCCGGACCCGAAAGCCUUCUUGUGUAUGAAUUUCUGCCAAAUCUAAGUCUUGAUCGAUUCAUUUUCGAUGAAAACAAAGCCAAAGAGUUAAAUUGGGAAAAGAGACUCAACAUAAUGUUAGGGACAGCAGAAGGCUUGGUGCACCUCCAUGAAAACUCGAGUACACGCAUUAUUCAUAGAGAUAUCAAGGCCAGCAAUAUCUUGUUGGACUCGAGGUUUCGUCCUAAAAUUGCAGAUUUUGGGUUAGCGAGAUCUUUUGAAGAAGAUAAAAGUCAUAUAAGCACUGCUGUUGCAGGAACAUUGGGUUAUCUGCCUCCAGAGUAUCUAGUACACGGACAAUUAUCUGAGAAGGUAGACGUUUACAGCUUCGGAGUAUUAUUGUUAGAAAUUGUAACAGGGAAGCAAAACAACAUGAGCAGAAAUACAGAAUACACGGACAGUUUGGUGAAUAUAGUAUGGAAGCAUUUCCAAGAAGAGAGAGUGGAUGAGUUGUUUGACCCAAACCUAAUCCUUAAUAACUACCGCAAUAUAGAUGUUAAGAAUGAAGCUCUAAGGGCAGUUCAUAUAGGGCUAUUGUGUACCCAAGAGGUGGCAUCACUAAGGCCACCCAUGUCCAAGGCAUUACAAAUGCUUUUGAAGAAGGAAGAAGAGUUGCCUUUGCCCACUAAUCCUCCCUUCAUAAAUGACAAAAUCAUGCAAUUAAACAGUGAUUGGGAUAGUCCCACAUUCCCUCUCAGAGAAGGUGAUUCCGCUUCAAUUGCCAGCAUGUUUCACAGCUCUUUCUACCCUAGGUGAUGAAUAUAUAGUAGUUUUGAUUUGAAAUCAAUGAACUUAAAGCAUAGCAUAUAUGGAGAUGAUGGAAAAGAAAAUUCUGCUUCUUGCCUAUGUUAUUGGAAUUGAAGCAUCUAUGUAACCAUACUUUAUGAGAGCAAGAAGUAUAGUGAUGUGGUAUAGAUGAUAUUUGGAAUGUAUCUAUUAUUUAAUAUAAUUAUUGAGAUUAUGUCAA